ACCAGCCUGCGCCCGGCCAUUGAUUCCCACCGAGGGGCGCGCGGGCUACGUGGUGGGGAGGGCGGGGAGGGUCGCGGCGGCGGCGGCGGCGGCCUGGGUGCGGGGCUGCGUCCGGGAGAGCGCACCACCCGCCACGUCCUGUGAACACCGGCCAGGUCCUGUCCCUGCGGCUCCCUGUCCUGUGACGCAUUCCUCCUUCUCGGCCGCAGCCACGUGUGCAUCGGGCGCCCUGCACAGGUACCAGCUGCAGGCCGUGCCGGGCUGUGAGCAGAGCAGGCUGGGCCACCCGCUGCCCUGGCCCGGCCCGUUCCCGGGCAGCUUCCAGCUCCAGCAGGUGGAGUUCCUCAAAGGGUUGCGCCCCACGGCACCCCUCCCCGGAACCUUCUCAGGACUCCAGCCCGGGCUCCUCAGACCCCCUUCCAGACCUGGCCCUCGGCUACCAGUGCUCUCCGUGGCCCUCACGGACAAAACACCUCAAGGCCCCUCCCCGCUGAGCUACCUGCAGCCCCGGGGACGUGGCCGCGGGCCCCGGCCAUGGCAAGACCUUGACCGGCUCUCCUCGCAGUUCCAGCAGCUGAGCGUCGGCCAGGAGCAGGAGCAGCGCAUCUGGGCGCUGCUGGAGGAGCUGGGCGAGGGCCGGGCCACCACCGCCAGGGAGCUGGCCUGCCGGCUGCACACGCCCAAGGCCCACGUCAACCAGGUCCUAUACUCCCUGAAGAGGGAGGGGCGGCUCCUGCAGCUGGCAGGAAGGCCCCCUCUGUGGAGGGUUGCGGCCCCCCCGCAGGCUCGGGACCGGCCGCCUGGCUGGCCGGGUGGAGCACCGCCACUCUGCAGCGGGGACAGUCCCCACGGGCCCGGGGCCCGGCACGCGGAGACUGGAGACCAGGACCCCACGCCUGACCUGCAGGGUCCUCCUGAGCCCGUGGACAUGGCCGAGCUCAAGGAGAAGAUCUGUGACUACCUGUUCGACACAGCCAACUCCUCCAUCGUGAACUUGGCCAAGAACUUGGGCUUCGCCAAGUACCAUGACGUCCACACAGCGCUGCUGGCCCUGGAGCAGCAGGGCGACGUCUGCCAGCGGGGCGCCACCCACGUCUGGUGCCUCACCGAAAAGAAACGGGCGCGGCUGCAGCUCCGCAAGGGCCCCCGCGGUGCUGCCCAGACCCUGUGGGCAGGGCGCAACCCCGAGCCCGCCGCCUGCCCCCUGCCCUCACCCCCCACUGCCCCCAAAGUCCCCGUGGCCACAGCCGUGAAGGUGGAGAACGUGAAGGUGGAGAACGGGCAGGAGGCGCCAGCCGAGUCCCCGAGGCCAACGCCCCCCGCCGCGCAUCCCAACGGCCCCUCGCGCCCCAGCUACGCGGACAUCGAGAACGGCCAGUGGGCCACCGACGACAUCCCCGACAACCUGAACAGCAUCCACGCAGCGCCCGGCGAGUUCCGGGCCAUCAUGGAGAUGCCCUCGUUCUACAGCCACAGCUGGCCGCGCUGCUCGCCCUACAAGAAGCUGGCCGAGUGCCACCUGAAGAACCCCGUCAGCGGGCUGCUGGAGUAUGCCCAGUUUGCCAGCCAGACCUGCGAGUUCCAGCUGCUGGAGCAGAGCGGGCCGCCCCACGAGCCCCGAUUUAAGUUCCAAGUCAUCGUCAGUGGCCGAGAGUUCCCCCCGGCCGAAGCUGGCAGCAAGAAAGUGGCCAAGCAAGACGCGGCUCUGAAGGCCUUGAAGAUUCUGCUCGAGGAAGCGAGAGCCAAGGACGGUGGGAAGCCCGAAGAGCCUUGCCAAGACUCGGAGGAGAAGGAGGCGGAGAAGGCAGCCGAACCCACCUCUCCCUCCCAGUCAGCGCCCUUGUUCUCGGGAAAGAGCCCCGUGACCACCUUGCUGGAGUGCGUGCACAAGCUGGGGAGCUCCUGUGAAUUCCGCCUCCUGUCCAAAGAAGGCCCCGCCCAUGACCCCAAGUUCCAGUACUGUGUGGCCGUGGGGACCCACACUUUUCCCACGGCCAGUGCUCCCAGCAAGAAGGUGGCCAAGCAGAUGGCCGCCAAGGAGGCCAUGAAGGCCCUGAGUGAGGAGACGAGCAGCUCGGGCCACUUGGCAUUCUCCGAGGACCAGGCUGGAGGCGCCAGCUCGGAGGCCCUGGACAGCCUGGAGUCCUUGCUGCCCAGCGGCAUGCGGAGGGUCAGCGAGCUUGUCCGCUACCUCAACACCAACCCCGUGGGGGGUCUCCUGGAGUACGCCCGCUCCCACGGCUUUGCAGCCGAGUUCAAGCUGGUCGAUCAGUCAGGACCACCCCAUGAGCCCAAGUUCGUUUACCAAGCCAAAGUCGGGGGUCGCUGGUUCCCUGCCGUGUGUGCGCACAGCAAGAAGCAGGGCAAGCAGGAGGCGGCCGACGCGGCGCUGCGCGUCCUGAUCGGGGAGAACGAGAAGGCCGAGCGCCUGGGCUUCACAGAGGUAACCCCCGUGACGGGGGCCGGGCUCCGAAGAACUAUGCUCCUCCUCUCCAGGGCCCCAGAGGCACAGCCAAAGACACUCCCCGUCACGGGCAGCACCUUCCACGACCAGAUUGCCAUGCUGAGCCACCGGUGUUUCAACGCCCUCACCAACAGCUUCCAGCCCUCCCUGCUGGGCCGCAAGAUCCUGGCUGCCAUCAUCAUGAAGAGGGACGUGGAGGACCUGGGGGUAGUGGUCAGCCUGGGGACAGGGAAUCGGUGUGUGAAGGGGGACGCGCUCAGCCUGAAGGGGGAGACCGUGAACGACUGUCACGCCGAGAUCAUCUCCCGAAGGGGCUUUAUCAGGUUUCUGUACAGCGAGCUGAUGAAGUACAACCCGCAGACGGCGAGGGACAGCAUAUUCGAGCUGGCCCACGGUGGAGAGAAGCUGCAGAUCAAGAAGAACGUGACCUUCCACCUCUACAUCAGCACGGCCCCGUGUGGCGACGGCGCACUCUUCGACAAGUCGUGCAGCGACAGAGCCAUGGAGAGCCCGGAUUCCCGCCACUACCCCGUCUUCGAGAACCCCAAACAGGGCAAGCUCCGCACCAAGGUGGAGAAUGGGGAAGGCACGAUCCCGGUGGAGUCCAGUGACAUUGUGCCCACCUGGGAUGGCAUCCGACUGGGCGAGAGGCUGCGGACCAUGUCCUGUAGCGACAAGAUCUUGCGCUGGAACGUGCUGGGCCUGCAGGGGGCGCUACUCACCCACUUCCUGCAGCCUGUGUACCUCAAGUCGGUCACACUCGGCUACCUUUUCAGCCAAGGACACCUGACCCGUGCCAUCUGCUGCCGUGUGACCAGGGAUGGGCGUGCGUUCGAGGACGGGCUCCGAUACCCUUUUAUCGUGAACCACCCUAAGGUUGGCCGCGUCAGCGUCUACGAUUCCAAGAGGCAAUCCGGGAAGACCAAGGAGACGAGUGUCAACUGGUGUCUGGCCGAUGGCUACGACCUGGAGAUUCUGGACGGGACCCGGGGCACCGUGGACGGGCCGCGGAAUGAGUUGUCCCGGGUCUCCAAGAAGAACAUCUUCCUCCAGUUCAAGAAGCUUUGUUCCUUCCGGUGCCGCAGGGAUCUGCUCCAACUUUCCUACGGCGAGGCCAAGCGAGCGGCCCGCGAGUAUGAACUAGCCAAGAACCACUUCAAAAAGAGCCUGAGGGACAUGGGCUACGGGAACUGGAUCAGCAAGCCCCAGGAGGAGAAGAAUUUCUACCUCUGUCCCGUGUAGCCUGGCUGAGGCCGGCCCCGAGGGGAGCGGGUCCUUUGUGCCUGUCACAGCUCACGGGCGAGUCUCCCUUUAAUUUUCCCCCAGUGGAACCACAACUGGUCAUGCCGAGGACGGGGGCUCCCCACCCUUUGGAGACUGGGCCACUGUAGCCUUUCUCUCCCCCGUGACCCAGGGGCGAGAGGUAGGUCUCUGCCCUGUCCAGCUCUGCGCCGAUGACCUUCCUUCCCCUAUGUCUAUGUGUGGACCCAGGGCCACCUCCAGGGGGCACCGGCCCACAUGCCUCCACUGGGGGCUAAGCAGGUCCUUCCCCGUGGAGAGGCUGGCCCUGUGGUCAGAGUCUGUCUCCUGUCCCUCAGGACGACAGAGGCAAGCUUGAGAAUCAGGUGAACUGUGAGCUGUUGCUGCCAGGUGUGGCCGGCCCUGCGGCUGAGACCCUUGGACGCUCAGAUCUUGCACUUUAGCCCCGCUUGGCAGGAAGCUGCUGUGGGGUGGGGUGGGGUGGGAGGGCUCCUCCCUCUGGGCAGCAGGACGGGACUGGCCAGGCUGUGGUCCACUACCCUGUGGUGACCGGCCCCCCUGCAGGGGGCACCCCCGUCCACUUCACAGCAGGCAGGUCCCCAAGGUCCCUCCUAAAGAAUUCCUGGGAAUUUCCCAGCCAAGGAGGGGUCGGGGUGGGGGUCGGCUGGCAGGAACCCUCCAGGACAGAACCUAGAAAUAAUCAGGAUGGAGUGAAAGUAAGGCCACAGGUCCCACAGCUGGCCCUGGGGCUGCGACAUCAGGCACUAAUGGGGAGUGCUUAAGGGACCCUGUGCGGACCCUGUGGGCACUGAUGCCAACUCCAAGUCCCCAGCAUACCCUUUCCAGGGAGGGGGUCCUAUGGCAGGGCCCACCUGAAGUCACUCUGCAGCCAAGGGUUCCCAGAGUGGGAAGAAGGCACCCAGAACCCUAGGGAGGGACCCCUGGGUUCCACCUCAAACAAACUUGAGCUCACCUUAGGUGGCCCGUGGGCGAGCCGCUGAAGUCUACUGUAACCAGCAGCCUUGUGAGCUCAGGAACCGGGGGUCCCUCCCCUGGCCGCCCACCCCUUCCUGCUGUACCCUCUCCCCAUCUGUGACCUUGUGAGCUAUGCCCCUCUAACACCCACCCCACCACCUCCAUGGUAGCUAACCCCACAUUUGCACUUUUUCAUGGCUACUAGUCCUUCUGUACUGCUGACUGGAAGUUGACCAAAAUCAAAAGACCCAGGUUUAUUGUUUUUUAAUACACAAAGGCUGUCUUUGUGGGGGCCAAAGUGUCCCCAGGAGCCAAUGGAGAGAGUCCUGUCUCCGGGGGUCCCAGCUCUGCCCUGGUCCUGUGAAUACGCUAAAGGCAGCUGUUGGCACCCCCUCCUGCCCCCCACGCCCCACUCCCAGCCUGCGGGGCAUCUCCUGCCCCCUCAGGAUGCCAGAGCCGCUGCUCUGGCCCGGGCAUUAGACCCUCCUGUAGUCUGAACCGGGGGCCCAGAGCUCCUGCUCACCCUUCGUCUUGUCUAGUGACCUUCCUGGACCCCGUUUCUACGUAGGAGGGUGGCAAGGCCUCCCUGAGCCCCUCACGUCUGCUGGAGUCCAGAUCAUGGUGGGCCCUGCACGCCUCCCCAUGUCCUCCCCUCCCCGGCAGCCCUGAGGCAGGCAGUGUGGGGGUCGUGCUUCCCACUGUGUUUUCACUUUUCUGUCCAAUCUUUGUCUUUAACAAGCAGGCUGCCCCCACCCCCGUUUGUUGAAUGAUCCGUGUAGUUGGCGUGUCUGAACUGUGGCUAUUGCUCGUUCUUCAGAUAAUCACAUACAAGCUGUCGCCGCCUGAAGCCGCGCCCUUCGCUCAGGCGGAAGGGGCUCUGGAGGGUCCUUGAUUGUGACUCCCCGGGCCAGCGGUGGGGAGAGCCGAGCGCAGCCACCGUGCGUUGUAUGAUUCACUUUUGUGUGCCCCUCAGUAGCAGUGACUAAACAUUCCUGUCAAUUAAAAAAGAAACCAAGA